AUUCAAAGCACAAUAUAAGAUCCUUUUUUCAACUAUUAAGACAUAACAUGCUUAUUUCUGGUUUAUGAUUCAGAUAAAUUAGAAGUGAACUCACAGAUAUUACAUGAUGUCAUGAAUUGUACUAUGGAAACUAAUACAGCGUGGUAAAUAAAUAGCUGGCUUAAGUUUAUUUUAUUUUAUUUUUUGCUUAAUUUCCUCUUUGACAGGGACACAUUUCUUUAUGCUACACCAUAAAUCUUUGCUUGCUGUUUGAUCUUUCAUAAGUUAUCAGAAGCAUUCACAGCUGUGACCACUCUUACCAAACACACCAUAAAACAUCAUAGCAGUGACCCCUGCAUUCAGUGCUGCCACUUAUGAAACCCUGGUUUGGCCAAAAGUUCAAGCUUGUAAACAGCUUGAAUGCUCCUAUAAAAGGUUAACCAUCCAGUGGCUCAUUCAGUUCCCCACACUUGGACAACAUGGCAUUACAGGGAAGACUUUUCUGUCUGUAUUUGAUCACUUUGUACGGGUGCAUGUGCCAGAAACAUGAGGAUCAACAUCCAGCCAUGUUUCUUGCAGGUCCCAUGACCAACACACAGGUGAAGCAUUUGAAUGGCAAACCGUCUGAAGGAACAGUGUUGGACACUUUUGACUGCAGUCAUCCCAUACCUCCAGGCUCCAAACAGUACUUUGAGUACCUCCAGAGCAGAGGAGUGACCCACUUCAAAGUACCGCUGUCAUGGGAUCAAUUUCUACCUUCAGCCCUCUCCAGUGAAGCCCAGCAGGCUGUGGUUACCUGUUAUCAGACUCUGCUGAAACAGUUGCUGGAGGUGGGCCUUCAGCCCCUGAUUGUGCUUCACGGAUCCACCGUGCCAGACACUCUGAGCUCAAGUCAUGGAGGCUGGGAGAGCCAGGAGGUAGCUAAAAUAUUUCAGCAGUAUGCUGAGUUUGCCUUCCAGGUGUUUGGAGAGCUGGCGCACUCAUGGGUGACACUGAGCAACUUGGAUGAGCUGAGUGAUGCUCAGUUGCAAAAUGCUCUUGAUGCACACACCAAAAUCUACCACCGUUACCAUCAGCUGUUUCCCAGGAGAGAUGGAGGGGUAUCAGCCGGAGUGAAGGCCAGUAAAGCCCCAUUCAUCUGCAACACUCAACAACUGAAAUAUUCAGAUUUCCUCUCUAUUAAAAUUCAAUAUGACUGCACCACUGGACAAAACCUGGCUGAGGAACUGCAAAAUAUUUUGGCAACAUGUGGAGACAAACCCAUUCUCUUUUAUGAGGUGGACAUCAAGGAC